CGGCCAGACGCCACGGACAUCAUUUCCCAAGACCAAGUCCGCAGCAUGGAGCGCGACCACGACGAGCAGCAUGCGAGCCCGCCGGCGACCGACGCCGAGAACGACGUCGAAUUCAUGCGCGCAGGCUACGAGGUAAACGGUACUCCAGACAAGUUCUACCGCCAGCCAACCGAGUCCUUCCGCCAUGUCGCCGCCGCACGGUUCACGUCGCGCCAGUUUGGUAUGGACGCCAUGCCGUACGAGUCGGAUUUCAACAUGCACCACCAGCCCCACGGAGCUACGUCGCCAAUGUUCGCAGGCGCAGGCAGCAUCGACGCGCCGUUGUUUUACGGCGGAGAGGCCCCCAAGAAGCCGGUGUACGACUUCGUUCUUGGCAGCGAACCGGCAUCAGAGGCGUCGUACCGGCACGAGCCACGGACCGAGGAGCCGAUGGAGCCAGACGUCGAAAUCCCGCUGACGGACCCGAACCCACUUUACCAUGUCGUGAACCCGUCGUUUAUGUCGGUGUUGAGCCCCCUGGACACCCUGUACCGCCUCGAGCAAGUUGUGCGCAGCCUCGAGUUUUCCUACGAGAAGAAGAAGCCGUGGCAGAUGGAAGUGCAUGGUCUUCUCUGCGCCGAAGAAGUCACGUUCCGGCUCGGUUUGACCAAGCCCAUCGACAGCCCGGACGUUGUGCAAGUCGACGGCUACCUCCUAAGCGGAGACGAAGGUCACUUUCUUCGCCUCUUUGACGUCGUCCGGAGCGAGUGCAGCGCCUUUGACAAAGACGCCCUCGAGGACACGCACCGCAUCCUGCGCAAGAGCGAAGCAUGGCUGAACAUCGACGCGAUGCCCGAAGUCUUUCCCGGCUCGGGCGCCGUCUCGGACGACGUCAUGAUGGAGUACUGUAACGACUACAUUGGCCUCGUCCACACGAGCCUCGAAGACACGCGCAGCUGUUACGCGCGCCUCGAGAUGGCCAAGACGAUCAAAAACUGCUGCCUUACGCCUAUCACCCAGUACGCCGUCUAUGUCCUCUACCACUUCCGCAACUCGAUCCAAUCCAUCAAGAAUUUGGAAACCAUCGACAUGGAUCUCUUUCUGCGCGCCAUGUCCAAGACGUCGUCGUCGUCGUCCAACUCGGUACCCCGCAUGAAGACGAUCGCCCGCACCUUGCGGCACGCCAUGGGCGCGUGCUAA